AUGAUCUUCGUUGGCUCUCUGGUGUAAACAUACCAAACAACAAUGGCUAAAACCAGAAGGUCUUGUUUCGUCUACGCUAUUCUAGCGAUUGCCCAUUUAUGUAACUGUGAACCAAUCUUGUCUCAGAAAGAACAGGACAAGGUCUCGCAGUUGCCUGGUCAAAAUUUCAAUGUUAACUUUGCUCACUAUUCUGGGUUCGUUACGACUAAUGAGAAAAUGGGAAGAGCGCUCUUCUACUGGCUCUUUGAAGCUGCUGAAGAUCCUGCGUCCAAGCCUCUCGUUCUCUGGCUCAAUGGAGGACCAGGAUGUUCAUCGGUUGGAUUUGGCGAAGCAGAAGAGAUAGGGCCAUUUCACAUUAAGUCUGAUGGGAAGACUCUUUACCUUAAUCAACAUUCUUGGAACCAAGCUGCCAAUAUUUUGUUCCUUGAUGCACCUGUUGGAGUUGGUUAUUCAUACUCAAACACCUCGUCUGAUUUUCUUACCAAUGGUGAUAAGAGAACUGCACAAGACUCACUAACAUUUUUACUGAAGUGGGUUGAGCGAUAUCCGGAGUACAAAGGAAGAGAGUUUUAUAUAGUUGGGGAGAGCUAUGCAGGGCAUUACAUUCCUCAGCUGAGUCAAGCCAUUGUAAAGCAUAACCAAGCUUCUGGUCAAAACACUAUUAAUCUGAAAGGUUACAUGGUAGGAAAUGGGCUUAUGGAUGAUAUCCAGGAUAGGCUCGGUCUUUUCCAAUAUAUGUGGUCGUUGGGGUUUAUCUCCGACCAAACAUACACCUUACUGAAACUUAAGUGUGGUUCGGAACCAUUUAUGAUACCAUUUAUUUACGCCUCUGAAGCGUGUAAAAAGGUUCUAAAGAUAGCCGACAAGGAAAUUGGUAACAUAGACCGUUACAGUGUCUUUACACCGGCCUGUGUUACAAAUUCUUCCCAGUCGAGUAUGUUGCUAAAUAAAAAAGGACCAUUUGUAAGUGAUCUUAGCCGCGUGUAUGAUCCUUGCACGAAGAAACACUCCAAAGUGUAUUUCAAUCUUCCAAAGGUUCAAAAAGCCCUCCAUGUCCCACCACAAGUUGCACCAUCCAAAUGGGAUACUUGCAGUAAACUCGUGGGUGAACACUGGAAAGAUAGUCCUUCCUCGGUUCUAGACAUUUACCACGAGCUUAUAGCUGCCGGGCUACGGAUUUGGGUUUUCAGUGGAGAUGCAGAUGCUAUUGUACCAGUCACAUCAACCCGGUACAGCAUAAAUGCUCUAAACCUUAGUACAUUGAGUCCCUAUGGCCCUUGGUACAUAGACGGACAGGUGGGAGGGUGGAGUCAGCAGUAUGCAGGUCUAAACUUUGUGAUUGUGAGAGGAUCAGGGCAUGAAGUUGCUUUGCACAGACCAAAGGAGGCUCUUGCGCUCUUCAAGGCUUUUAUAUCAGGAACUCCACUGACUCAUGAUGAGUUCUGAUAUGGUGAAAACAUGUUAAUGUUGGAUUCUAUUAAGUUUGUACCAUUUUAUGAGAAGUCAUACCAUCCAAUUUCCAGUCCAUGCAUAAUUCAAGAAAACACAUUUUGUGUUUAUGAAAAGUAUGUAAGAACUUGUUAAAGACUAUAAUACUUGGGGUAAGAAAUAAAAUUUGAACUUACUUGCAUCAGUGCUUUAAUGCUUAAUUCUGAACACACCUUAAUGAUUCUUGGCUCUGCACUGUGUAUUCUCUUGUGUAAUAAACCUCUCACCGGUUCUUAAAGUCCUUAUUUAAAAACCGGUUCUUAGAUUUUUUAGUUAAAAGUUAAGAAACAGUUUUUUAACUUCCGCUAAGAACUCCAUCCUAAAAACCUCGGGUUAAUCAUGCUCUUAGUCUCUUCUUUUUUUUCUUUGGUUCUUAGCUAAAGAUCAAUCGGGUUUUAAGUAUUCAAAAAAUUGGUCUAUACACCCGCUUAAACAAUAAUUUUUUUUUUGUAACACAAACAAUAAUCAAAACUAUACUAAAAGCCAGAUAUAAAGCAGCCCUCCGAGAGGAUUCACAUCAGAUUGGAAAUUCAGACCAAUCAGAAGAUUUCCUUUUGCCAUGUCAUAUAUGGCUUAUAGAUAGAGUGGGCUUUCGUUUAGGUUUUAUUAAGAUUAUCAGUUUGGCCCAUCCAGCCCAUGUAGAUAAACAUGCUUCUUCGUCUAAGCUUGGCGACUCUCCCCGGCUCUUCCACUUCAUCUUCUCCAAUUUCUGUUUUUUUUUUUUCCUUUAGAUUCUCAAUCAAUGACGAUGUUAAAGGAAUUCUUAAAAGUUUUGCUCCACCUCCGCUUGAUACUUCUCCUAUAUAUAGCUAUAUCUCUAAACCUAAAUAAAAAAACCAACUCUGCAAAAGCUACAUCCAUGGCUAUGAAAUCCACCACGAAGUCUCAAGCUUACCACCAGAAAAUCUCCCGUCACCAUGUAUUUCAUCGACAUCUCACCAGGACGAUCUGAGUCACAGCUUCGAUUCUGGCUAAUCCAUUUUUAGGAGGCAAAAAACAUAGCCAAAGCUGGGGCCUUUCUUGGCUUAGAGCUCCUACUCAUCGAUGAGUAGGUAUGAGUUCUAAUCCCCAACUUUCAGUCGAUAAUAUUAUAAAUAGCAUCUUUAAACCUGAAUUAUUUUAACUCCUGCAGGGGACUGUGAUGCAAGGUUUCAUAUUUCAUCCCACUCACUAUAUAUCUCACAAGGUUUUGCUCCUCGAUCGUGUUGAAGAACGUGUUGAAAGUAUCAUAUGCAAACACACCGGCGAAAUCGAUCACUUUCGUCAAGGAAAAAAAUCACAAAAUCCAAGGGUCUUUCAUCUGUUCUUCCUGGUAAGGUUAUCCGUAUCACACCCUUCAGAUUCUUCAAUUUUUUAAGCUUUUGCUUUUGGCGUUUCAGUCACCGUUUAGAUCUACUAAAAACCUAAACCUGAAGCACACGUAAGUGGGAAAACAUAUCUUUGUUUCUCAAUUUCACAAAGCUUGGCUGUGUUUUUGAUACAGUUUAUAAAUCUCCUUGAGCCAAGAAGAAGAAGGUAACACUGAUCUAUUUUUUUCAUGUUUCCCAAUUUUCAAAAAUAUCUGACGCAAGUGUAAACUUAGAUUUGAAUUUCUGAUUUUGUCGACACAUCAAAGCAACUGUGUAUUGACCUCUUUUACUUGAUUUGAAGAACUAAGCAAACCAACAUGCUGAUUUGUUGUGUGGAGCAGGAACAAGAGAUCAUCAUCAUCAUCAUAGUUUUAUACAAAAUAGUAUGCAAGUCCUGUGUAUUAAAGAACACUUCUUUGUAAGUAUCGUGAUGAACUCACUAGGUGAAGAAAUACGUUCUUUCCAAUCGAUAACUAAUAUUUAAAGGUUUGUUCAUAGCCCAUUGUUAAAUAUCCCUCAGGUUCACUGUAACUCUAUUGGUUGAUGUUUUAGCAAUCAUUUUCAGUUUUCAUUUGUCUUCCGUGCUGAAACAUUACAGAUAGGCAUCAUUGGGCGUCAGAACGUCGGGAAUUCAAGUCUUUGAAAUACAUGGAGAAAAGUACGGAACACAAUAAUCCUUUUCAUAUCUUUAACACAAUUUAUUCAAAUAUAACAACAUUACAUUUCAACUGGUGAUUUAAUAUUACCUGGCAGAGUGAAAAAAAAUAUUGCAGAAGUCGCUGGAACUACUCGAGACGUAGUGGAACCACGAAAAACUUGCACCAUAGAAGAAUGCUUCGAGAAAAGUAAUACUAAGGUGGAGAAAGUGAAGAACUGUACAUGGGACAAACAACUGGAAAAGUGUUCUUCAAACUUUCAUGUCAGGCUGAAAAUGGGAAUCAAACAUCUCCUGAGACUUUUUGGGAUAGUGACCAACUUGGUUUAUUCGGUUACAGUCAGAAAUGUAUCGAGCAUGAUCAGUUGUCUACUAUGAAGCACAACGGAUACUGUUAUAGCCAGAUGAUAUACUGAGGAAAUGUCUUCCUUUUCGGAUGUGACACCCAGAGAUUGUUCAAGCCAUGUUCCAUGAGAGUUGUUCGGAUGGUCAGUGUGCACCGAGGAUACAGAGGACUGCUUAUAUGAAGCCAAUGCAUUUGGGACUUAAGGAACAAUGUGUUCGAGAACUUGAAGCAGUGCAAAGUCUAUCCCUUAGUUUUCAAAUUGUUCAAAAACGAACCUCAGUGUUCUUUUGUGUAUGAUACAAAAUGGAAAUUGGGUUACAAAGUAAAUGAAUUCUAGAA